AUGUUGAGAACCGCUAGAUCGUUGCCCACAAUAGGUGCUGCUUACCGCCAGAGCGUUCAAAGGGGAUUUGCAACGGUGAGAAAAGCCCCACAGGCGUUUCCCAAGGAUGAUUUGGCUGUCAAGCUGCAAACAACAACAAGAUCAGUCCACCAAACGUCCAAAGCACAAUUAUUGAUGGACGUUGGAAAUCCAAGUAAAUACACUUCCAUGAACCUCCAGGGACUCAAAAUGGAGUGCAAACGUCGAGGACUGAAGGUUUCUGGACGAAAGAUCGACUUGAUGCAAAGACUUACUCAAUAUGAUUCGUCCAAGACUGUUGCUCAGCCAGCCGCCAGAACUAUCACCACAACUUCCAAGGCUGCUAAGAAGCCAACAACUCGCCAGAUGAGCUCUACUGCCUCCAAGAAGGCGAAGGGCGAUAACUCCACCAUCGACUUCUACAAGGUGGACCAAAAAGCAUAUCCACCUCCAGAUGAGAAGCCUGCCAUCAAAAUCCCAUCUCUGUCCACAAAAGCCUCGCUCAAAGACAAGCCUAUUGUCAAGGAAACUGCUGGGACUGUUUCGCAAGUGCUAGAUUCUGCUCCAGUGAGUAAAGCAGGUCAGAUCUUGCAAACUACAAAGGAAAAAAUCUCCGAGUCGGCCCCUAAACAGAGCUCCUCUGAUGGCCUAUUUUUCGGGCUGUUUGGACUUUUUACUUUGGGAUGGUGGUCUCAGAAGAGUAAGGACGGAAGACAUUAG